UCUGAACAUGCUCUGGGCGGGGAGAGUCUUCCUGAUGUGACGUCAGGGGAAACAGUCGGCUCAGUUUGGGGGCAGAUCCUCUGUAGACUCGACCGACUACAAGUCCAGACCCAGACGAAACCCGAAGAAGAUCUCCUGCAGAUCCAGACAGUUGAACCGAAAGUAGUUGACCACCAGGAGCUCUUAUUGUUUUGACUCCUUCAACGCGAAGCAGCUUCGGGAAACACCGGAUGCAACACGCGAGGAGACUUCCGUCCAGAAGCCCGGCGGAGGAGGGAGACCAUCUGGGUCUGUUUUUACUCCAAAUCAUCGGCAUGUCGCUGGUCUGUGUUCAGACUCGGAGAGGCUUCCUGUCAUGAAGAAACGGGCCAAAAAGGUGCGAGAGGAGGAGGAGGAGACGUUGUGCUGCUGUGAGUAUGUGAACAGACACGGGGACCGCAGCCAUGUAGCAGCCUGCUGCUGUGACUGUGACGACCUGGAUGACGCCUGUGACAGGUUCCUGAAGAGGGAGCCUCAGAAACCUGAGUCUCUGUCACAGGUGGCUGCAGUCGUCACAGACCGUGUCCGUGUACCCUGGCUGUGGGGUGGAGCUCGCAGAGUGGACCUGUCCAUCAUCCCUCCUCUUAUUCUCCUUCCUGUGCUGCUGCGUCUCGCCGCCCUCCACUUCCUCCUUGGCAUGGUGGCUCUGACAGCCCUCCCCGGCCUGGUGCUGUGGUACUACUACUUCACCCAUCGCAAGAAGGGUCGGACGCUCUUCUUCCUCAGCCUGGCCCUCUUCUCCCUGGGGUACAUGUACUAUGUCUUCGUCACAGAGGUGUUCACAGGUGGGGAUGUUGGCUGUGUCCAGCUCUUGGCGGUGACUGCAGGGGUUGUCCUCACCCUGGCGGCGAUGGCUCACACAAAGAGAGAACCCGGCGUUGUGUGUCCAAACCAAGAAAGCAUCCACAGCACGGUGACGUAUUACACACCUCUACCCGACGGAGACCCCGCCUUCAACGGGGGGAGGCAGGAUGUGGCGAUGACGGUUGCCAACCGGGCUGGGUUUGUGGAGCAUACGGGGGAGGAGCUGAAGGAGAGCAACAGAAGGAACUGGUGUCCCGUGUGCAAAGUGGUGCGGCCCCCGAGGGCGGGACAUUGUCGGAUCUGUGGCGUCUGCGUGCUGCGUCUGGACCACCACUGUGUCUGGAUAAACAGCUGUGUGGGUCAGGCCAAUCACCGCAGCUUCCUGCUGACACUCGUCCUCUUCCUGUUGACGUCCCUGUACGGGAUCAUCCUGGUGCUGCAGAGCGUGUGUCCCAACCAGCACCUCUUCACCGCCCUGCUCUACUGCCCGGGAGUCUACAGCCAGUACAGCUCUGCUCUUUGCUUCACCUGCGCCUGGUACUGCAGCAUAGUGACCGGCGGGCUGCUCCACCUGCUGGUGGUGCAGGUCAUCAACAUCAGCUACAACGUGACCGAGCGGGAGGCACGCAUCGCCCUACGGGAAAAAACUGCUCGCAGCGCCUUCUGGGGACUCGUCGUGGACACUCGGAUCUACUCGCGGGGUUUCUGUGAGAACUGGGCCGAGUUUAUGACCAUGGGGGAAAACCUGAGCCCGUCCCCUCCUGCCCCGACAGACUUGGUGUAAAACACUGGACACAGCUCUGGGGAGUUAUGGCUGCUGUUCUGCUUGUGUCCACUUGGUGGCAGCAUGGCUCCUUUCUCCCUGAAUUACCUGUCCUGGCUGAGAGAAGUCGAGACUGAUAUCUGAUGGUUACCGCAGCCCUGAAUGUGACACAGAGCAAUAACUUGAAAUAUUCACUGCCAUUACUGUCUCUGAGAGCUGGAGUCUCCUUCACGCAGCUCACACUGACCUCUGAUCGCCUCUCUGACGCCUCAUUUCACCUCUCAUGACAAACAAACAUCCCCGUCCUUUCACUCUGACAUUCGUCCCUGAACUUCAACACGGUCCUCACGUCAUCUCCUAGUGCCUGCUCCUGUGCCUCGCUGGAAGACCACACAUGAGAAAAGUGUGAGAUGUUAUCGGCACAGCACAGCGUUAGCAACAAGACGACGCCUCUGAGCGACGUCAUUCCUGCACAAAACAUGAGCUCAUUUCAGUGAUGCUCUUCUCUCUGCACACACCUGUUUUCCUGCACUCCACAAACUCUAAACUUUCAACAAGUACGGAUCCUUAUUUGAACUUGGGAAGUGUGUUGAAGUUAUUUAUCAAAUCAAAGACAAGCAGCACAAGCCACAUAAUCCGGCUCAUUAGAUUGAACAGUGUGUCAGUGCAGGGAACAUGAUUAAGGGUGAGGAAGCUCAGAACAGAUAAGGAGUCAUCUUAAACCGUCGCUCUCUGAAUUAAACAGCUUAAAACAAGGAAAUCAAUAUACGUUGUCGCCAGCUUGAGACGUUUUCAGUGCUCUUCAUUAUCGCUGCUUUUAUUAGAGUUCACAAAGACUGAAAGCCUUUUAUUGGUAUCCUAACAACGGUGUAUCUGUAUGACGCUGACUGUAUUUAUUAAUCUUGAAUAAAUGUGAGGAUUGUGAGCUUCUACAUGAGACUGA